UUCGACGUGGCGAAUUCUUAUUAGUCAUAUUCAUGUAAUAUUGGAUCAUUCGCUGUGUGUUUUGUUCCAGCAUGCAAACCACAAUUCAAGCUCGGGUGAAGUUCCUCGCGGAAACGUAUCCUAACAAAGAGGUGUUUGUGUUUGUGUCCACCACUGGACUACGAAGUGCGCUGUCAUGUCUGGACGUGUACGAGCUGUCCUCCAAGGUUGGAUCGCUUCUGAAAAAGGCGGGAAUUAAGCCAGGAGAUGUCGUCUGCGACACACUUCCCAAUUCUCCCGAAAUGGUCGUUUGUGAUUUUGGCAUCUUAGCAGCAGGUGGGGUGAUUCUCAACAAAAUUGCCUAUCGCUCUGACGGAAGUGAUCUUUGUCAUAUGUUGAACACUUCAAAAUGCAAAGUGGUCAUAGCAGAUCAAAACCAGUCACCUUGCGUCUGGGAGAUCCUUAAAAAGCAAAUUGAUGAGAUAUCCAGUGAUGGCUGGUCCGGUCUGAAAAGCUUCCAUUCCUAGAGCGUGUUAUAUUUGCUCCCACAACCAGUGGGAACAACGAAUUUAUUAAGAGAAUUAAAACAGAAGAAAAUAUCUUUUACACAUCUGGCUCGCCAUCUGACGCGGGAAUCAUUUGGAUGACGUCUGGAACAACAGGUCUACCGAAACUGGUCGUACGUUCACACGAAGCUCUGCUAAUGAAUGCUCGCAUCUUUGCAUCAAUAAGCAAUGAGAGUGCCAGUACCGUACAUUACAACGAUAAUGCAA